AUGUCAAAGAAACGAAUAGGAAAAAGUGUUGAUCCGAUUUGUUCCACAUUUCCAAUAAGCAUUACAGAACCCUCAACUAGAAGUGCUCGAGAAUCUUUAUAUCAAUAUUUUCCCACAAUUUCUCCAAGAAAUUCAAACCCACAAUUAAAAACAUAUUCAGAUUUUGAGCCUGCAAAUGUUUACAUAUCCGCUCUCAAAGAAAUAGGGGAAAAGGCUUAUGUGCCUUUGAGUAGCCUUAAGCAAAGGAUGACCCCUAGAAGACUUUCAACACAACCAAAAGCGAGUAUAGAAUCAUAUAUAAUAUAUUGAUUUAAAUUAUAAUAACUAAAAUCUAUUUUUUUAAUAAAAUUUUCUUAGGUCGUACUUAGUCUGUUCUAAAAUACUUCUGAAUUUAUCCCUACAAAUAUAACCCCUGACCCAAAUCCGUUACUUCCAGUCCAAGAAGAACUAGAACUCGAGUCAUCCAAACAAGAAUUCAAAACCUGAAAGCCCAAACUAGAUUCCUUAAAAGUAAAAUUCAAAUAGAAACAAAUAAAAGAUCUCAAAGAAUACACAUAUUUAGACGAUUUUGUAUUUAAUUUUGAAACUACAGGGAAACUUGUAUGUUUUAUAUAGGUUUCUGAAAUGAAAAAAUUCAAUGGAGACGCAAGGUUGACGUGCCUGAAAAGCUUGUAUUACUCUUUAGAAUUAUUCCAAAAAUCUAUUGAGCAGAUUAUUUUUGUAAAAAACAAUUUUGAAAAAGAAAUAGAAAACUUAGCCGGAGAAAAAUUUAGCCUUUUAAGAAAUUUAGAAAAAGAAAAAACCCUUAAUGAUAUAAAAAUUACAGGUAAAAAAGCUCAUAAAUCAAAAGAAAGCAAAAAUUCACAAGAAAUAGGGGUCGUUGCAGACAGUGUCCAUCGCAAAGUGGAGCUAGAAAAAGAAAAACUUGCUGAAAAAGUAGAACAGUUAGAAAAAUACGUUGCAGACCUAAAAGAUUUUACAAAAGUAGAAAAUUUGGAGCAAGAACUAAUAGACUAUAGAGAUAAGCAUUCAAAAAUGUCCAAAGGGUUUAAAGUCUACAAGCUUGAAAAAGAAAAAAUAAUUUAUUCAAUGGAGCUCCAAAUAGGCGAGCUUCGUGAAAAAAUCGCUUCAAAUUCAAUUUUCAUGAAAGAUUUCAAUGAAAUCAAAGAAAGUUUUGAAUUGAAAAACCAUAACCUGCAGCUGAGAGUCCAACAAUUAACUUACUUACUUACUUACAUAGUCUUUAAGGUCUCUAGUGCCCAAACCCCUUAAUAAAAAAGGGUCAAAGCGACAACUAGUGACGUCACCAAGCCAUCUUGGAAUAUGUGGCCAGCCCACACCCAAGCCUUCUAUAAGGCUAGUCGCCAGAUAAAUUGCCGCACAUCUCACCCGGCGCGUUGCCGUCGCUCGCUCCGACUCAGCUCCUGCGCGUGUUCCGCCUAAGGGUCAUCCUCCCGUGGGGAUGUGCAGAGAGGUAAAACUCCGAGUGUCUUGAAUGCACUGAGGAGCCGUGCCUUUGGUUAUCCCCAAAGUUAAACGGCUGUUGCUGUACAGAAGUUCUCAAGAGAAAACCCAACUCCAUAAAUAAAAUUCCAUGAGGGAGAGAAAAUUGGCAGAGCCAAUUUCUCUCGAACCGAAUGCUAUUUUAUUUAUGAGUCCAACAAUUAACAGAAGAAUCAAGCAGUCUUAGGGAAAGUAUGAAAAUGUUUUCAGAAGAUAUGACAAGGUAUUUGAUUUUUAAAGAAAUGUAUGAAAAAUCGUUACUCCCCCCCCCCUCCGUGAGUGAACAAAAAAAAUUUGUUUCACUCACGGAGGGGGGUUAAUUUUUAUUUUUUAAAAAAAUUUAUAUAUAAAUUUUAUAAAAAAUAUUUUUUUCGAAAUUUAAAAAAAAUCCUAAUUCGCAAAAUUUGGAAAGCAAAUAUUUAUUUAAUUUAUAAAAUUUAUAUUUUUUAAAAAGCGCAAUUCGUUUAAAAUUAAACAGAAUUAGCUCUAGAUUUCAAUAUAAUAAUUAUCAUUUAUAUAUCAAUUUUUUUUUCCAUAAAUGUUUUUUCUAUUAAAAAAAUUUUUGUUCACUCACGGAGGGUGGGUUUUUGGGCAAAAAAUAGCGAUUUUUCUAAUGGUUUUGUUCACUCACGGAGGGGGGUGGAGUUAGACCAAUUAAACACAAUGAGAUAUAAAUAUAAUCAAUUAGAACUCAAUAUCGCUGCUGGGAGUGUUCCGCUAAAUAAAGAUGGAAUUAUUUGGAUUCCAUUAGACGACCCUUUAUUUGCUAUUGUCAGAAAUAUUCCAGCACAGAUAGAAAACAAUAAAAUGAUGGCGAUAAGUGAAAAAGUAGAGUUUGAGAAAGAAAAAUCAAAAAUUGGCGCUAAACAUGACUAUAGCACUGUAGGGCAGAGAAGAAACCCUUCUGCAGCUUAUAACCCUCCUGAUGUAUCAGUUGACCCAAAUCUUAUUGACCUUUCUGCUUUUAAGUUCAAUAGGCCAACUUAUGCAGGAUUACUAGGUAUUGAUCAAAAUGAAAAGAAAAAAUCUUUUGAAGUCCCUUUUAUUAUAAUUUUAAAAAACUGAUGCUUAUCCAAAGGAUUUAUGGCCUAUUUUAUAUAGAAGUUAAUACAUAUUUUUAUGAUCUCAGAAAGAUUUAUUAAAAAUUGUAUACAAACUGACUAGAGAUCACUAUAAGAGGUAUAUAUGACUCUAAAUAUAAUGAGCACCUAAUGGCGUCUUUUGAAACUGGCAGAAUCCCGACCUCCUUCCCAGAAUUCGUAUAUAAUUGAAUGGGGCAUUUUUUCGUUGACGAAAUAACUAGACAAGUCAAAGAAGUCGAAUGAUGGAGAAGAGAGCAAGCUGACCAAUUUCGGCUUCAGCUACUUCUGGCUUUGAAAAACGAAAAAAGCAAAAAAGUGUGGGAAAUCCACACUUUUAUAGAAUUUUUAAAUGAAGAAUUAAUGGUUGAUGAGCUUGCUUUUUUUUUGCAUUGCAGGCAUGAGCUUUUUAAAGGUCCUCAGCUGUUUUUGACUCCUGGGAGAUUUUCUGCUGUACAUUUUGUGGUUUUGACCAAAAUUUUCGAAAUUAUUGACAAAGUAAUGGCGAAAAUGAGCUUUUCCACUGAUAAAAAUUAUUUUUCCUCAAAUUUAUUUAAUUUUUUUUAUUAUUUUUAGACCAGAAAAUAAUCUCUCAAAGCACAUUUAGCUUAAAGAAAAAAAAUCCACCGAAAAUUAAUCCCAAUGAUAGGAGUGAUUUAAAGCUCCAACUGCAGUCUAAAGCCAGAAAUAAAAACGGUCUAAUGACUUUAGAUGCAGGGCUAGCUUUAAGAGUAAUACUCGAAUACUUUAUCAGAGAAAAAAAAUGCAGAUAUUUAGCUGUCAGAGGACUUUUUAACUUAGCCCCAAAAAACCAAAACGGGACUUUAUCCUUAAAAUCCUUCAAAUCAAUAUGCAAUAAUUUAGACCCAGAAGCUCCUGACUCUUUAAUUAUAAAAAUGUACAGAGAUGCCUGAAUAAUGGGAAACGGCGUAAUCACCCACGAUCGAUUUUUUAUUUUGGCCAACGAAAACGGAUUUUUCUAUAGAUGUUUAAGGCUAAAAGCAGAUGCAGUUCCUCUGCCCCUCAAUAAUUAUAAUGAAAUAAAUGAAGAAAGCUCAGAAUAUGUAGCCAAAAUGAAAGAAGCGUAUGACGCAUUUUCCCAUUUAAAACAGCCUGUUGCUUUAAUCAAAGACGCUGUAAGAGGAAUGGGGUUGACUGAUGUAUUAGAAAGUUUAAUAAAAUUUGAGGAACUCAUUAAAAACAAAGUCCAAGAGCCACUAGAAAACUAUAGAGGGUUGACUCUAAUAGAUGUUUUCAAGCAUUUCUGGGUGCUUUGUACACAAGCUCAGUUGGCUUUUGAAGAAUGCAAUAGAAAAGCGUUUUCUUUUAAUAUCCCAGAAAAUAUAAAAAAUUUAGAAAUAUUUGCAUUGCCUAGAGCUUGUGAAGGUUUUAUCGAAACAUUGAAUUUAUUCUCAAUCCACAAGCUGUCUACCAGAGUUGCUAUUAGAAGAAUCCAAAGAAUGUGGAAAGCUAGAAGGGAUAUAAAUGUCGCCGCAACUGUAUUUAAAGGCAUUACCAAAUUUAAGCGAGUUCUUAAAAAAAAUCAUCCACAUCCAAAGUAA